AUGUCUCCAGCCAAUAUCUCAUGGAUUCACCCCCCAUCUUUCCUGCUGUUGGGAAUUCCAGGACUGGAAAAUAUGCAUGUCUGGCUUGGCUUUCCGUUUGGCAUAGUGUAUCUGAUUGCCCUCCUUGGGAAUGUUACCAUCCUCUUGGUCAUCCAGACUGAACAUAGUCUUCACCAGCCCAUGUUCUACUUUUUGGCCACCUUGGCUCUCACAGACCUGGGCCUGUCCACAGCCACUGUUCCUAAAAUGCUAGGCAUCUUCUGGUUUAACCUUGGUGUGAUUUCCUUUGGAGGAUGCUUAACCCAAAUGUUCUUCAUACAUCUGUUCACAGGCUUUGAAACAUUCAUGCUUGUAGCCAUGGCUUUUGAUCGCUAUGUUGCCAUUUGUCACCCUCUUCGAUACAACAUAAUCCUCACCAACAGAAAUACCUGUAUGAUUGUGGAAAUAGGAAUUUUGAAAAAUUUGGUUUUUGUUUUUCCACUUAUAUGCCUCCUUCUAAGGCUUUCAUUCUGUGGACAUAAUGCUAUACCCCACACCUACUGUGAGCACAUGGGCAUUGCCCGUUUGGCCUGUGUCAGCAUAAAGGUCAAUAUAUUGUUUGGAUUAAUCCUUAUUUCUCUGAUACUUUUGGAUGUUAUUUUGAUUGCUAUAUCCUAUGUGAAGAUUCUACAUGCUGUCUUCAGACUCCCGUCCCGGGAGGCCAGACUCAAAGCUCUUAAUACCUGUGGUUCCCAUGUGUGUGUCAUCUUAGCUUUCUUCACUCCAGCCUUUUUCUCCUUUAUGACUCAUCGAUUUGGACACAAUAUUCCACGUUAUAUCCACAUCAUCCUGGCCAAUUUAUAUGUGGUUAUCCCCCCUGCUCUUAACCCCAUUAUUUAUGGGGUAAGAACCAAGCAGAUCCGAGAUCAAGUGGUGACAAUAUUUCAUUUUAAAAAAGUUUGA